ACCGACGCGUAGUGCCACGUUGAUGGAGCCCAUUGGGGACGUGGAAAGCGGAGUCGGGAGCGAGCUCAGCGGGGACCGGGUAGCUACGAGUCGCCGACGUCUUGUUGUCUUAUCUUCGGGGGGCCCCGAUAGUCGUUUAAACGCCACCGUAGAAAGAAGAGCGAAAACAGCCGGUUGUCGUCGUCGUCCCCAUUCAUUGUCUGCGCGCGCGUACUUGUGACAGGAGCAGAGAGAAAAGGCAAAAUAAAAGCAAGGAUGAAACUGAAAGAGAUUAACCGCACGGCCAUCCAGAGCUGGAGUCCGGCGCAGCAGCACCCUAUCUACCUGGCAACAGGAACGUCGGCACAGCAGCUGGAUGCCUCCUUCAGCACAAAUGCCUCGCUGGAGCUCUUUGAGCUCGACUUGUCGGACCCGUCGCUGAACAUGAGGUCAUGCGGAAGCUACUCUUCGUCUCACAGGUACCACAAGCUGGUCUGGGGUCCCUGCAUAGCGGACGCCCAGGAUCACCCGGCCGGCUUGGUCAUCGCCGGGGGCGAGAAUGGCAACGUCAUCCUGUACGACGCCACCAAGAUCAUGGCGGGCGAGAGCGAGGCGGUCGUGGCAGAAAGUGACCGGCACACGGGCCCUGUGAGAGGACUGGACGUCAAUCCCUUCCAGACCAACCUCUUCGCAUCGGGCGGGAACGAGUCGGAAAUUUACAUCUGGGAUAUAAACAACUUUGAGUCCCCCAUGACGCCAGGACCCAAAACACAGCCAGUGGAGGACAUUAGCUGUGUGGCGUGGAACAGGCAGGUCCAGCACAUCCUGGCUUCGGCCAGCCCGAGUGGUCGCGCCUCCGUGUGGGACCUCCGCAAGAAUGACCUCAUUAUUAAAGUCAGCGACCACAGCAACAGAAUGCAUUGCUCUGGGCUGGCGUGGAACCCGGAGGUGGCCACCCAGCUGGUCCUAGCCUCUGAGGACGACCGCAUGCCCGUCAUCCAGAUGUGGGAUUUACGAUUCGCUACUUCCCCGCUCAAGAUUCUGGAGAAUCACACAAGAGGCAUCCUCGCCAUCGCUUGGAGCGUGGCCGAUCCCGAGCUGCUCCUUAGCUGUGCCAAGGACAGCAGGAUCCUGUGCUGGAACCCCAACACGGGCGAGGUGCUGUACGAGCUGCCCGCCGGUAGCCAGUGGUGCUUUGACGUGCAGUGGUGCCCCAGGAACCCGGCGGUGCUGUCCGCCGCCCGCUUCGACGGACAUAUCGACGUCUACUCCAUCAUGGGCGGCAGCAGCCAGGCGCAGAGCCAAAGGCAUGCAGACCAGAUUAGUAACUCCUUCGGCAACAUGGAUCCUUUCGGGACAGGACAAACAUUGCCCCCGCUACAGCUUCCUCAGACUGCCACCCCUCCAGCUAGCGUCAACCCCCUGAAGAAGCCCCCCAAGUGGAUCCGCAGGCCAGUUGGAGCGUCGUUUGCUUUUGGCGGGAAGCUGGUGUCUCUGGAGAAUGGGCCAGCAAACGGGCAGCAGCCUGGUGGCCCCCGCCUGGUUCACGUCAGUCAGGUGGUGACGGAGGCAACCUUCUUGAAGCGGUCAGAGCAGCUCCAGGCCACGCUGAACGCGGGCACCUUCCAGGAAUUCUGCCAGGAGAAGAUCCAAGCAGCUCAGGACCAGUUUGAAAAAAAUGUUUGGUCUUUCCUCAAGGCCAACUUUGAAAGUGACAUCCGGAGUCAAUUCUUGGAGCUUCUUGGCUACAACAAAGAGGGCCUCUCUGCCAAGGUCAGACCCAUGCAUAUUUCUGCGGCGCUGGAGGAGAAGUCAGCUGACGCUCCGCUGGUGGACGCAGCGAUCGCUCCAGCCAGCGCACAGCCACCACUUGACAAUCCAGAGGUGGCGUUCGAUAUGAUCGCUGCCGCAAACCUGAAACCGGACCAGAGCGUGCCUCCUCAGGAGCAAAUAGAAGAGGAGGAGAGCUCCUUGGAAGAGGAGGUGCCGCUGGACGAGCCCAAGACUCCCGCCCAAGUCGAGGAGCCCGCCGAGGCUCCUGCAGAGGGAGUGGACCUCAGCAUCAGUAAAGACAUGGAUGGUCUGAUCACGCAGGCCCUGCUGACGGGCGACUUCGAAGCCGCCGUGGAGCUCUGUAUCCAUGACGACCGCAUGGCCGACAGCAUCAUCCUGGCCAUCGCUGGCGGCGCCGAGCUCCUGGAGAAGACCCAGAGGAAGUAUUUCCGCAUGACCCGUGGCAAGAUCACCAAGCUGAUCAGUGCCGUGGUGACCAAAGACUGGCGUGACGUCCUGACCACGUGUGACCUGCACAACUGGAAGGAGGCGCUGGCAGCCGUCAUGACCUACGCCAAGCCCGAUGAGUUCUCUUCGCUGUGCGAACUCCUGGGCGUCCGUCUGGGGGCGUCGGACGAGGCUGCACUUCGAGCUCACGCCUGCCUGUGCUACAUCUGCGCCGGCAACGUAGACAAACUGGUGGCCUGCUGGAACGCAGCUGGACAGCAUCACUGUCCGCUAUCCCUGCAGGACCUCGUAGAGAAGGUGGUGGUGCUGCGGCGUGCUGUGGAGCAGACGCAGCGCUCGGGUCCCGAGGCCCACGUCGGCGUCCUGCUGGCUGAAGAGAUGGGUCGCUACGCCGGGCUGCUGGCCUCGCAGGGCAGCCUGUCCACCGCCAUCAGCUACCUGCCCGAAGGCAGCGGACAGGUGGCAGUGCAGCACCUCCGUGAACGCCUCAGUCGGGCUCUGGGUCAGCAGGCUGGUCCAGUCCAGACCCCCAGAUCUCAGCCUCAGCAUGCCACCCAUCAGCCCUGCCUUUCCUUCACCCAGAUCCAGCCCUCUACCCCACUAGCACCUGUACAGGCACCAAUACCCGCUUCUGACCCCGCCCAGCAGCAGUAUUAUCAGCCUGUGAGGUCCGCCUCUACUGUCACCUCGUGGAGUAACCAGACGCCGACAGCCCUGCCCAACGUCCCGCUUCCUCCGCAAAUGGGCACUGUCUCCGAGCAGCAACAGCAGGCAGAACCACCAAAGUCCAUGUACGGAAUGCCGCCAUCCGCCUCGGCCUCUGCAGGUUCUGCCUACAUGUACUCCCAGCAGUACCAGCCCCACUCCCAGGUCCAGCACUUCCCGCCUGGAGCCUAUCAGCCUCUUCAUUACUCCGAGCCCCCUUACCCUCCUCAGCCAUCUGGCUUCCUCGAACAGUGCCUGCCCUCUUCUCCCUCUUCCUACCUUCCUCCUUUCUUUCCCACCUCCUCCUCCUCGUCCUUUUCUUCUUCCGGAGUGUCUUUCCAGCAUGGUGUGCCAGGCUCUCCUGGGUCCUACGAGCCGCCCCCUCCGCCCAGCGGAGUCUCAGGUACAAAGUUUGAGCUCGAGCAGAUCCUCGAUCCCCAGGGAACAGGGCCCCAGAAUGGUUGGAAUGACCCGCCAGCUCUGAGCAGAAUAUCCAAGAAGAAGGUCCGGGAGAAUUACACCCCACCCGCCCCUAUCACCGCUCCCAUAAUGGCUGCUCUGGGCGUGGACCCUCACGUCCAGCCAGUAGCCUCUGGAGCACCACAGGGCUCCUUCCCGAGUCCUUACGGGGCCAUCCAGCAGAUCCCACCACAGACCCUCAACCCAAGCAUACCCACUGAGGGAGCACCCGGGGGGCCUACGGGCGAUGCCAUACAGCCUGUGCAGUCGAUGCCCCCUGAGAAGAUCGCCAAGAAGCCCAUCCCUGAGGAGCAUCUGGUCCUAAAGACCACAUUUGAGGGCCUGGUCCAGAAAUGCUUGGCCGUCGCCACCGACCCACAAACUCGGCGGAAGCUGGACGACGCCAACAAGCGUCUGGAGGCGCUCUACGACAAACUGCGGGAUCAGACGCUUUCUCCCGCCAUCGUUGGGGGUCUGCACAACAUGGCGCGCAGCAUCGAGGUGCGCGCUUACGCCGAGGGCUUGGGCAUCCACACGCACAUCGUUAGCAGCAGCAACUUCAGCGAGACGUCGGCGUUCAUGCCCAUCCUCAAGGUGGUACUGACGCAGGCAAACAAGCUGGGUGUGUGAGCCCACACAGUACCAGGGGUUGCCAAUCAAGGGCUGUUGUCUUCUCUUUUUGUUUUUUUAAUUUACACUACCAAUCAUGCUGAUUGCUUUUAAAAGUUGACUUUAUCUGAAGUGAUGCAAUCCGAAUGGAUCAUUUUCAAUGACAGGAAAUCCCGACAGAAGAGGAAAAGGGAACUUUCUGCGCAUCUCAAUUUGUAGAAGUAGGCUGAUUAUUUAAUUUUUUUUUAUAAUUCAUGUUUUUUUUUUUCUUUUUUCUCAGCAUUAUGGCUUAAAAUCAUUUUGUUUUUGUUUUGUAGCAGCUAAUCGCACUCGGUUGGUGCUUUUUAAAAUAUUUUUUUUAAAACCUUACACCUCCGCCUUACGUUUUAGCACAGCAAUGCAAUCUCAAUGCACAGUGCAUCGUCAGCGCUUCGUUUUUUCCACAGUCAUAUUCCCAAAAAUAAAAACAUCUCUUCAAAAUGUUGCAUAUAACACUGCAUAAUGACAUGAAAACAGAUUUUAUGAAUUUCUUGUUGCUUUAUUGGAAUAUAAAAACGAAGGAAUCUAUUCAAUUAAAGUGCAUCUGGAAAGUAUUCGCAGCACUUGUUCCAUAUUUAAUCAUGUAAAAUUAACAUUUUUAAAAUAUAUAUUUUUUAGUACAUUUCCAAAAAUCGAGGAUUUUUUUUUUUUUUUAUUUAAUCCAUUUUCAAGAACACAAAAUGUGGAAAAAGUGAAACGGUGUCAAUACUUUGUGUGCACUGUAUUCCCCCCUAGUGUAGUGGUGACACUCCCUUAAUCCGAUUCAGAAUUGUCGAGUCUCUUGGUUUGAGUCUGUUGUAGAUUGACCACAUGCAAUAUUUUCAAUACACAGUAUUUAUUUACAAGGUGACUGAUUGUGUUGUAGACGGCAAAGCUUUUGUGCGAGACGAGGCGUUUACUCCCAUGUUCACCGGACACUUCAUAAGAAAUGCAUGCACAGUCUUAAUGUCAACAGGAAAAACAAAGUCACGAGGAUGGCACGUUUACUGUAAAUAAGACUUCAUUGUGGACAAAUUACACAAACACAACAUUGAGGUUGAGGCCUUUAGGAUGUAAAAAAACCAAACAAACAUUUGAGGUUUUUCUGGAGCCUUCUCUUCACGGACGUUAAGCUCUGCCCGUCACUUCCAGCUGGCCGAAGGACGUGAUGACACGGUAGUGCGCCGCUUCCUCUUCUGUCACUUCGGCGUUCCCCGGCCGUAUCACCACCACCGCGUUGACCCCGGCGUCCCCCGCCGCUUUGGCCUCUGCAACCACAUGCCGUUUACUUUUAUUUAGCCUAUUUAUGACUACACGUGGCAUCUGUAAAGCUUACAUUUCCAAUUGAGUUUAAGGUAUGAAUCGCUAAAUGUGUCGUCUGCUUGAAUUCAAAAAAAAAAAAAAGCCGCCUCUUUCCCUCAGGAAAAAAAUGGUGUUGCUUUACUACAUAAAGUAGUCUACAGAGAAGUUGUGACAACUGUAAAGAUUUCAUCUAGAGUAGAAAUUUAAGUUCUAGAAAAAAGUAGUAUUUCUGGACCUAUUUCCUCAAAUAGCCUUCUUCACUCUAAUUGAUGCAGUGUCCCAAUUUAUAUAGUUGGAUAAAUAAAUGCCUGACCUAAAAUAAACACCUCUCUUUAUCCAUAAAAAGAAAGUACAGGUGAUACAACUCGUUCUCUACUGUGAUGACACACAGUCUUUUCCAGAAGGCCUGUACAGCAGGUGUGGUAUCUGUAGAGCUGACAUUUGCAGUGGAAAUUAAAAGUUCUAUUACUACUACUGAUGCAAGUUUCCUCAAAUUGCCCUGCUCUCUAAUAGAUGCCAAGUCCAAAUUAUUCACUGGGUGCCACUUAAUUCAAUGAACACCUCACCUCAUGGUUUUGAGAAAGUUAUACUGCAUGCGUAUUUACUCAAAUGGCCUUAGCUCUUAAUAGGUGCCGUGUCCAGGUUAAUUGAAGCGUACCAUUUAAUAAGCGCCUCACUCCAAAUAACUUUGAGAAAGUUAUGCUGCAUGCGUAUUUUUCCUCAAAUAGCCUCUGCGCUAAUAGAUGUCCAAAUUAAUCGCCGGGUGCCACUUGAAUAAAUA